AUGCAAUCACAACCACAGCUGCAUCUGCACCUGCAAAUGAAUCUCCGUGAUCUACCUGAUGAGGUUCUAUUUCAAAUCUACGAAUACUUACCAUUAAACACAGUUAAACAGCUACGGUUAUAUCCCGAAUUGGCCAAAGACAUGCAGGAACAGAUCUAUCGUCAUGGAGAGUACUCUGUCCAGAUGGAUGAGGACCAAACAAACGAUGUAAGUAAAGAAGAAGAGGAAGAGGGUCACAAGAUCAGCCAAAUAAACAGCAACACUACCACAAUCAAACAUGUAGCAAGAUUUCAUCAUUAUCGAGUUAAUAUAACACUAUCAGACUUCAAAUCACUGAUUGAGAACUUGAUGAAAUAUGAACAUGCCAUAAGGGAAAUUUUCGAUAGGACAAGUCUGGUUACGAUAAAGUUGGUUGUGAUAUUGCAUUAUUCGUUGAAUCGGUUUACUGAUGUUAAGGAUUGUUUGAGCAAUAUUGAUUUCAUUAGUAAAUUGUUUAAUCCAAAGGGGAUAAAUGUAUGUUCUGUUGAUUUGCAAUUGAAUAAAAAGCUGUGA